GGUGCCACUGGACCCAGAUCCUGCUGCAGCAAAAACGUAUACUUGGACGGGAUGCCCAGAGGAGAACUCUGGCGCCUGCCAGCAUUGCCGCAUGCAGAGAACUUGAGCCCCAAAGGUUUCCACUGGGUGGACCCUCAGUGGGUCCAGGAACAGAGGCGGUCCAAGAGGGGCUUCUGCCUGCUGUGGCUCACAGGUGGAGCAACUGCUUUGCGUGCAGCGAAAGGCUCUCUGGUAAGGGGCGCCUGGCGAGACCUUUUGCUCCAUGCAGACUUGCCCAGAAGCCUGCCUUGGGUUUCUGCCUGACUCGCACAGCCCCUUCCUCCACACACCCUCAGCAGUUGCCUCGCAGGUGGGCAGGGCUGGGGAGCACGUGGCCCACAAUGUGUCUCUCUGGCUCUCGCAAGGCCCUGUGUUGCAAACGCAGCCCCACCCUCCCUGCUCGCGGCCAAGGCAGGCUGGAGUGAGGAGGCAGCUGCUGGCCCGGCUGGCUCCUCCCCGCCUGUAGCUGAGUGCUGCCGUGCCUGGCCAUACAAGUCAGGCAGGGGAGGGAGCGAGGGAAUCGGCCUGGUUAUGUAAUCACACAGAGACUCCACAGCCUCACCCUGGCAGCAGAGAGGGGACGGCGGCUGGUGCUUGCCCAGCGCUCUCCUGAUGGAGGGGGGAGGGGGGGGCUGAUGGGCCCUCUCCGAGCGAGAGGGGGGGGCCUGGCACACACCCAGCAGCGCCCCGAUGUUGUGGGAGUCCCAGCAGCAGCAGCAGCAGCAGCAGCCCUCUUUCAGGAGCUGAAAAAAGAGCCACCAUGCCUUCCGAUCAGCCACCCCCGCCUUGUCGUCCAUCCAGGCCCAGGAGGGAGAGCAGCCUGGCCAGUUCCUCGAAGCCAGGCAGCCCCGACUCGGAGGGCUGCAUGGGGCAGGAUGAGAAGACGGUGGCAAGCAGCGAUUCUAGCGAGAAGUCCCAACAUUCGUCAAGCGAAGUGGAGAAGGACUCUGGGUUUUCCGAUGUGAGCUCGGAGUACCUGAGCACCGUGGAGCAGACAGACACAGACGACCAGUCCGCCUCUUCGCUGCACCGCCCGGCCAGGUUGCAGAGGGCGCCGCAGAAGGCGUCCGGGGGGCUCCCUGGCAGCACGUUCACUGGCCUCGCGCCUGUGUACAUUGUCAAAAACGUUGCCCUCAAACAGCCCCUGGGUCCGUCUGCCCCAACCCAGUUCCUGGCAUGGAACAGCCAACAUCCCCUCGACAGCCUCCAGGGCUCCCCCGCACGCGUGGUCUUCAUACAGCAACCGUUGGCCGCCUUGAAGCCUCUGCUUCCGGGCCAGAAGUCUGCUGCCAAGGAGCCCUCUCUCUCCAGCCUCAGCGCCUAUCCCAAAAUCGCUCCCCAUCCAGGCUGCGACCAGCAAGCUAAGACGGGGCCCGAGCCCACUGCAGCAGGCAGCAUCAGCAAGAACAAGCGCUUCUGCCUGGAAGAGACCUGGGUGUCGUCUUCUAAACCCAGCGCUCCAAAAUGUAGUGGGGAGAGGCAGGGAACGGAGCCGCUACCCCCAGCUUCCUCAGGCCAGCCCGUACCUGCUGCUGUUGGCCCAGUGGCACUCUCCCAGAACACUGUCACCUCUUCCACUGGCUCCGAGAUGCCCAACUUGGACCAGGCCGAGGUACGGAUGAUCUCCAGGGCCUCCAAGAAACUGGGCUUCAGCAGCCUAGGAAAGCAGCGCCGUUUCCACAACACGGUCGAGAUCCUCAGGAAGUCUGGGCUUCUGGGCAUCACGCUGAGGACCAAGGAGCUGAUCCGGCAGAACAGCAGCACUCAGCGGGACUUGGCCGAGUUGCAGGAGCACGCCCAGCUUCUCUACGAGGCCGUCCAAAGCAAUGACUGCCAAGCCUGGACUCGCCUCCAGGAAGCCAUGAGCCACUCUGCUGCCUACUGGGCUAGCAAGGGGGCCGCUUCUUUCCCCCCGCAGGGGCAGAGCCUGGCGGCCGAAGCCGCAAACUCCUCUGCACUUGUUACAAGGGAAUCUCCCCCCAGUUCACCCAUGAACUUGUCCAUUGCGCCUGACACCUCAGUGGGAGCAGUGCUGCCUUAGUCCUCCGCCCUUCUCUUCCUGAGCAAACGGGAAAGAAAUCUCCAAGGAAGGGAUCAGUGUUCGGCCACGAAUCUCAGCCUCCCUGGAGGAACCCUGAGUAGAAGGCCAGGCUGGCCCUGUCUGACCUGGACUGCAGGCCCCUGGGGUGGUUGCAGCGGUCUGCUGUGGGCUUGCAGCUGGGCUCCGAGAGGAGGAUGCCUUGGGGUCCCUGGGAAAUUGGGCCCAGGCUGGGAACUAGAUGGGUGAUGGUAGGGAGCUUGGUGGAUUGUGUUCUUAGAGGCAGGAGGAGAAACGGGGGAGGGAUGGAAAGAGGACGGAGCUUUUGUAUUUUUCACGACAGAGCCUCCUCUGCCUGGAGUCCAGGGCUGCGUCUGUCUGUUCUAAGCGUCAGCUCGAACAGCAGGACUUGGCCUGGAUUUGCCAGGGAGAUUCGGGCCUGACGGGGGAUCCUAGAAAAGGUCUGUCUCCCCUGCCUUUGCCAUGUAUCUGCUUCCUGGCUGUAAAGGUCCAACCCCCCCCCCCCCGCUCCCAUCUGCCUGCGGGCCGCGUUCCCUGGUGUGGGAAGAAGAGGACAGGUUUCUGCCUACAGGAGCUGAAGGGUGACUUUCUACUGCUCUUUCUAUGUGAUUGAGAGUUCUGCCUAUCUUGCAUAUGCUGCUGCCGACCAAAGAUGGUCCAAUAAAAAGAGAUCAAAUGGC